AUGACCCUUCCAAAUGUAUUUGAGGGGAUGGUGAUAGCCGCUUUCCAGAAUAGGCUAAGUAGAAGUGGGCCGAGGGUGACCAAAAAGUUGCUAAGCCAACUCAUGAAAUACCCUUCAACCACUUGGGACAAGAUACACAACGCCUACUGUGCUGAGGAGUUCGUGAACAUGCUUCAUCAAGGGCACUUGAAAGAACUGAUGAGCGAUCGUGGGAGGGCUAACUUCACCCGAGGGCAAGAACAACAUCAGGGACCGCCCAAACCACCUUCCCCAUCUCGGACCAUUCAAAUGAUCAUCGGAGGAGGCGACGAUGCAUCUAUCAACAACAUGAAGUUCACCACCACCCACAAACUCAAACGGUACAUCACCCACAAACGGUAUGACAAACUCGAAGAAAGUAUCAUCAUCGAUAAGUCAGAAACCCACGGUUUAGUCCUUCCUUACUAUGACACUCUUGUAAUUACUUUACGUGUCCUUGAUACUGAAAUAAAAUGUGUUAUGGUCGAUAAUGGGAGUGGUGCAUUCAUCAUCCACCCUCGAGUUCUCACCCAAAUGAAGCUCGAGGACAAGAUAGUGUCGCGUUGCAUCACACUAACAGGCUUUAACAAUGCAGUUGAGCUGGCAUAUGGAGAAAUCACGCUGCCUGUCCUGGCUGGCGGCGUCACUUUGGACACCACAUUCCACAUCAUGGACCAGGAUACGGUGUACAAUGCCAUCAUAGGCUGA